CAACCUUAUACUUACUCCCAUUUCCAAAACACAAACAUAAACCAUCUCAAAAAUGAGAGAAGAAACUUUCUUGUUCCAAUGGCGUUGCUUAGCCUCUUGUUUCAUCUUCUUCCUCAUCCUUCCUCAAGCUUUCACUUACAAUACUCCUCCCAUCAACCCCUGCUCCCCACAUGCUCCUAAUUGGUUUCCUCCCAUCGCAAACCCAAGGCUCUUAAAAGCUUACGCAGCUCUUCAAGCUUGGAAAUUCACUAUGACUUCAGACCCAAACGGCUUUACCUCUAACUGGUGUGGUCCUCAUGUUUGUAACUACACAGGCGUCUUCUGUGCACCGACUCUAGACAACCCGUACCUCUUAACCGUAGCCGGUAUAGACUUAAACCAUGCCAACAUCGCUGGUUAUCUCCCGGAAGAGCUUGGUCUCUUAACCGAUCUUGCCUUACUCCAUAUCAAUUCCAACCGGUUUAAAGGUCAACUCCCUAUGUCUCUAAACUGCCUCAAACUUCUCCACGAGCUUGACGUCAGCAACAAUAAACUCUCCGGCGAGUUUCCUUCCGUAGUCUUCACGUUACCUUCUUUAAAGUUUCUUGACAUUAGGUUUAAUGGUUUCUACGGUGAUGUUCCUAGCCAACUCUUUGACCUAAACCUUGACGCUCUCUUCAUUAACAACAACAACUUCCGGUUUAGGCUACCGGGAAACAUAGGAAACUCUACAGUUUCGGUUCUUGUCUUAGCCAACAACGAUCUCCAAGGAUCUUGUGUACCUCCGAGUUUCUACAACAUGGGGAAAACGUUACACGAGGUCAUUCUCAUGAAUAGUCAGAUUAGCGGUUGUUUAAACCGGGAGAUCGGUUUGCUAAACCAGUUGACGGUUUUUGACGUGAGUUUUAAUAACUUGGUCGGUUCGUUGCCGGACACUAUGGGUGAUAUGAAGAGUUUGGAGCAGUUAAACAUCGCUCAUAACAAAUUCUCCGGUUACAUCCCGGAGGGUAUCUGCCGACUACCGAACCUCGAGAACUUCACUUACUCAUAUAACUUUUUCUCCGGCGAGUCACCGGUUUGUCUGAGGCUUCAGGAGUUUGACGACCGUAGAAACUGUUUACCGUUGAAGCCAAUGCAACGGCCUCCCGCCGAGUGUAGAUCAUUUUCUUCAUAUCCUAUUAAUUGUGCUUCCUUUGGCUGCUCUCCGCCUAGUCCACCGCCUCCACCGCCUCCUCCACCACCACCACCACCGCCUCCACCUCCUCCACCACCACCAUAUGUGUAUUCAUCGCCUCCUCCGCCACCAUACGUGUAUCCUUCGCCUCCUCCGCCACCAUAUGUGUAUGCGUCACCUCCUCCACCACCACCAUAUGUGUAUUCAUCGCCUCCUCCGCCACCAUACGUGUAUCCUUCGCCUCCUCCGCCACCAUAUGUGUAUGCGUCACCUCCUCCUCCACCAUGUGUUUAUCCGUCGCCUCCUCCAUCAUAUGUGUAUCCUACGCCUCCGAGUACUCUAUCACCGCCGGUGCAUGACUAAGGCGUCUUUUGACCGAAUGGAAUGCCAUCUGUUUUACUUUACGUAACGCUAGUGUUCACUAGACUGUUUCUUGUUUGACUAUUUAUUUUCUUGUAAUUCAAUUUUAAGAAGUUAGCAUUAAAUGUUUGUGUGGAGAAAUUUUUAUUUAUUUAAAAAUUAAGGAAAGUUAUGUAUGGUCUUCUGGGAAAGACGAAUUUGUUGGAUAGUUAUUCAGGGGAUGUAUUCAAUUUAACAU